CCGCCUUGCCACACAGAAGAAGAAGAAGACAUAAGACAGUAGACAUGUCUAUGGCACAGUGUUCUUGCUGCUGACCUCUGUCUGUCCAUUUAAAAAACGGAAUGGCGGGCAGCAGACUAGAGAAACUGGGAACAGUAUUCGAACGGGUUCGAAACCUGAUUCGCUCUGGAGUCAUAAAGCCGACAGAGAAACCCAUCUGGUUUGAUGUAUACCAGGCUUUUCCACCUAAGAAGAAUCUUCUUAAUGGGAAGCCACUUUACAGUGCCAGACCCAGGGGCAAGACCAAGGAAACUGUGCCCGAUAUCUUUUACAGAGAGGAUGAAGUUAGAGCGAAGUUCUAUGAGCAGUAUGGCACAGGUCGGACUCUUGAUCUCACCAAGUCAUCCUUUGUAUCUACGUGUCAGAGGUUUGUCGACAAAUACACAGAGUUGAAGAGCCACAGCGAGUUGGAUGAUCCUGCUCUGUUUGAGGAAACUGGCAAAGCUCUACUCGCUGAGGGCAUCGUGCUGAGGAGGAGAGGAGCUCCUCCACCUGUGUCAGCAGUGUCCAAGGAUCCCACACUCAGGCUGAAGCUGACAGACAUGCUGGCUGAGCAGCAGCAGCAGCAGGCAGUCGAUGCAGACAGCACGGAAACAGUGGACCACACGAUACAAACACACACACCUCCCACAGGCCUCAGCAACUGAGGAAGGACCACCGUCGAACAAGCUUUUAAUGUGGUUUCGUUUGUGGUCUUGUUCGGACAUUUUUUGUCACAAUUGCUAAGUCCGUACAUGCUCAGCAGAGAUCUCAGCCAGGAUAAGGAGCUUCUCACUGUGCUGUUUGAUCGUGUUUCUAAGUAUCUAUACACACCACUUACAGAUUGUUGUUGUUGUUGUUGUUAUUAAUAACAUGAAACAAACAAACCCUCAGUCUAUAUCACAGUGGAGUGGAGAAUGGCCUCUAAAACAAAUUUGGAAACAAGUCAGUGAAUGAACACAGAUCAUCAAACACAAGAUCAGAGGGUAAGAUCAAAACCUGAACUGGAUUUAUUUCAGUCCGGGAUGAAACAUUUUUGAGUCUAACAGUGAUUUGAAUGCAGAGCUAAUACUGUCAAAUACAUCCACGUUGAAAUCACAUACAGUGACUUUAUCUGUAUUUAGCAGUUGGUGAUUUAAAAGUCAGAGGAUUCAGAAAUUCUGAGUGAGGUCCAGAACUGGUUUCUGUAUUUACAUCUGGCACAAACAUCCACCUGAAUUCAAAGAGGACCUAAUUAAUAUGAGCGGCUGAAAGUCAAGGUCACUGUGACCUUGUUAAUAUUCUGUGUUGCCCUUUGAAUGCUUAAGAAUUGAAGACGUGUUUGUUCCUUGACAUUUUUUUCUCCCCAAAAAAACUUGACGUUUGAGUGAAAAAAAUAA